AUGUCCACACCCUCACCACGCCGCCGCAUCGUCGGCGUAUCGACAAAGAUGUACUUCUCCGCCGCCCGCACAUCCUCCUACAUCACCAGCCUCCUUUCCCUGCUGCCGACCGUCCCCUCCAACACCGACGUCUUCAUCAUCCCGGACCACGUGACGCUGGUCCCAUCCAUCCAGCAGCUCCGCGCCGCCUCCUCCCCGAUCCUCCCGGGCGCCCAGGACUGCUACUCGGAAGACGCCGGCGCGUACACGGGGGAGGUCUCGGCGGCCGUGCUGGCCGAGGUCGGCUGCCGGAUCGUGGAGCUGGGCCACGCCGAGCGCAGGCGGCUGUUUGGCGAGACGGACGCCUCGGCCGCCGCCAAGGCCGCCGCCGUCGUCCGCAACGGCAUGAUCCCGCUCGUGUGCGUGGGCGAGACGGCGCGUCAGCCGGAAAUCUCCGCUGCCGUCGCCGACGUCGCGGUCCAGGUCCACGCCGUCAUGGCCGCCGUCCCCGCCGCCGCCGAGGUCGUGCUCGCCUACGAGCCCGUCUGGGCCAUCGGGGCCGCGCAGCCCGCUGCCGCCGAGUACGUGGUCGCCGUCGCUCGGGGGAUCCGCGACCUGGACUGCGUGCGGUCGAGGGAAGGGCCGGUCAGGAUCCUGUACGGUGGGAGUGCCGGCCCGGGACUGUUUGAGAAGCUCAAGGAUGGAGUGGAUGGUCUGUUCCUGGGCAGGUUUGCCCACGACCCGGAGCAGUUUGUCCGGACCAUUCGGGAGGUGUCCGAGGCUUGA